CCAGCUCGCGAUAGACAUGGCAGCAGCAAGCAUGAGCGACACCAUGCCCAGCGGCAGUGAAGCCUUCCUGGCCUCCACAGUCCUCUUGGGCAGCAUCCCACACUACAUUGUGCUGACACAACGAGCCCUCUACACCACCAACCUCACCACACGCUCCGACGUCCUCCGGGGCGAGAACCCGUUCUCACCGUUUGGGGCCUCAUCAGCAACGGAUGGAACCGCCAACCCGCGGUUUAGGCUCUACUGCAUUAUCGACGACGAGCGGCGAGGCGGAGCGCGAUCGCCGGUGCAGUACGAGCUCGAGGUGCUGCACAUGCCGCAAAUCGACGCUCUGGCGGGAGGAGACGGCAGGAGUGGCGUGAGUGGCGGGGCGCUCGAGGCGACGAAGCACUGGGUGACGUGCCUCAACACGGUUGCCCGCGACGGUGUGCUGGGCGAUGACGAGCCGCUGCGGCGGUCGGUGCUGAUUCUCGUCAAUCCGUUUGGCGGGAAGAAGAAAGCGACGCAGACCAUGGUCGACGAGGUCAUGCCCAUCCUGCUGGCCUCGGGCCUUGCGGUCGAUGUCAUUGAGACUCAGGCGCAGGGCCACGCGGUCGAGCUGGCGCGGACGGUGGAUUUGGAUGCGUACGACGUCAUUGCCACGGCGUCGGGCGACGGCCUGCUCCACGAGGACGGUGGCGCCGACGGUGGCCGCCGAUGUUUUGACGCCGUCUCACUGGCGGUCAUUCCGACGGGCUCAGGCAACGCGCUCGCCAACUCGAUUGGCGUCUUGACAGCCAUUGACGCCGCGUACACGCUGGUCAAGGGCAAGCCGCGGAGGAUCGACGCCAUGCGGCUUGAGCAGCCCGAAGUUGGAGUCAGCAUGCAUGCGCUUGUGCUCUUCGAGUGGGCGCUCGUGGCUGACGUUGACUACUACUCGGAGCAGCAUCGGUGGAUGGGCGACCUGCGGUUUGACUACGAGGGCCUCAAGCGCAUCCUCAAGCUCGACAAGUACACUGCCGACCUCUCGUUUGCGUACUCGGCGCGCUACGUUGGCGGCAAGCUGGUUCUUGGUGCUGACGGCGAGCCCGAGUCGGGCGAGCUCGCCCUCGCCGACGAGGACUUUCAGAUCUUUGCGCUCGCCAACUGCGCGUACCAGGCAAAGACAACGCAGAUUACUCCGCUGGCGCAAGUUGAUGAUGGCACGAUGGAUCUCGCCUUUGUGCGGUCGAUCUCGCGGGCGCAGCUGCUCAAGUUCUUCACCAAGGUUGCAACCGGCAAGCACGUGGCGCACCCGGCCAUCGAGUACUACAAGGUCACUCAUCUCAUCCUCGAUCCGCAGCCCAAGCCCGGGGCCAAGAUCGGCGUCGACGGCGAGUUCAUCGGCUACUCGCGAGUCAUUGCAACCGUCGUUCCGCGCAUGAUCCCCUUUCUUAUUGUCGACGACAUGCUCCAUGCUGUUGUCGCCGACUCUGCCCAGUCGGUUGCCGAGGCUGCUGCCGCUGCGUCGCACUGAUGCCUGUGCCGCGGUGCUGGUCCGGUGCCAGUG